AUGACUUCGGUGGCAAACAACCACGAUGGCCCUCCGGCCCAGGAGGAUGUCGUGUCCAAGUCGUCUACUCAAGAUCACACUCGGCGGUCUAGCUCGAUCGGUGAUGGUUCUGCAUCCUCGUCACGUAGCCCAAAAUCACCACUCUCGCCUAUCGCACAAGACAUGUCACCCGCACUCGCACACGUCAUCAAUCAAAUCAAGUCACUUAGUUCCUGCACUCCAUCCUGGUCAGAGUACUACCUCUCUCCUGCGGAUUUCGAAAAACUGCAGAGACUGGAGAGGGAUGUCCUUGAGGUGUACAAUCUGCGAUACGACUAUUCUGCAGGUGAUUGUACCUUUAUCCUCAGGAUGCCGAAUCACGAGACGCACGAGGUCUUUCUGGCCGAUUCUACGUUCGAAAUCCGCACGCAACUAAAGCAGAUUUCGAAGCAAAAGGACAUUGCCCCGACAACCGCAGAAUUCGCAAGGGAUAUCAUUGAUCGCCGCCACAGCACCUUUUACUAUCCGCCUCCUUUCUCGACUGCGAAGAGGAACACCGAGCGUUCGCCAGAUGGUUCAUAUGUCUACCACCUUGUCUGUAAACCCAGCUGCAUAAUUGAGGUGGCCAACUCUCAAACCGCCAAGGAAUUGGAAAAACUUGCAGAAGAUUACAUUUGGGGCACAAAUGCAGCUGUGCGUACUGUUGUUGGAUUCGAUUUUGACUAUCAAGCCGGGAAGAGAGCUACACUGUCGAUCUGGAGACCAAAACUCAAUCGGAAAGGGGUCCUCACUGGAAUAAGAAGAGAGGUCGUGGAGAUCCGCAGCAAGGAUGGUAAGAGAAACCAAGACACAAACGCCGGCCUGCGUCUCUCGCUCGAAGAUUUCGCUUACCGCAGACCAACCGGUACGUUUGACGGUCUCGAUCAGGUCUCUAUUUUCAUUCCCGUCGGCGAACUCUGCGACAUGCUUGAGGUGGCUGAGAGCCAGGAUCAAAUGGGGAAUGGAGGAGAAGGCAUUGAUGAUUCUGGCCCGUCCGUGGAAAGAGCUCGUUCGAACAGCCCGACCCAUGGAUACAAUCUCAGACCCCGCAACUGA